GAGGACUGGCCGUCUGUCAGCGCGAUGCCAGGCAAAGCUGCGCCCAUCAAGAAGUCCCCAGCCAAGAAGGCUGCCGAGAAGGCACCUGAGCCUGCCCCGGAGCCCGAACCAGCACCUGCAGAGGCCCCACCUGCGGAGGCUCCACCUGCAGAAGCUCCACCUGCAGAAGCUGCUCCAGCCGAGGUGCCGGCCGAUGCAGCUCCUGCAGCCGAGGGAGAAGCUGCUCCCGCCGCCCCAGCAGAGGAAACCCCCGCUGCUGCUGAAGGAAGCCCUCCAGUCCCAACCAGCGCUCCUCUGGAAGUAACUGUGGAUGAUGUGAACGACUCCAGCCUCACCAUCAAGUGGACAACGCCAGCGACCAUUGGAGACUCCGGCCUGGACGGAUACACCAUUGAGUACUGCAAGGAUGGAGCUACAGACUGGGUUGUAGCUAACGAGGAGCUGACCCCAGCUAACCGUUACUGCAUCAGGAAUCUGACAACCGGCGACCUGCUGCGCGUACGCGUGGUGGCUGUAAACCCCGGUGGCCGUAGUGAACCUGGUGCGCUUGCUGAGCCUGUGCCGAUCCGCGAGGUUGGGGAGCGUCCCAAGAUCCGCCUGCCACGCGCUCUCAGAUCUCGUUACGUCAAGCAAGUUGGAGAGCAGAUCAACGUGGUGAUCCCGUUUCUUGGAAAGCCCAAACCUGCAGUGUCCUGGCUUAAAGAUGGUCAGCCUGUGGACACCAAGAGGGUCAACAUCAGGAACAGUGACAAGGACAGCAUUGUAUUUAUCCGCACAGCUCAGAGGGAGGACUCUGGCGUUUACGAGAUGGCAGUUAAAGUGGACAGCUUUGAAGACAAAGCCACCCUCACCCUUCAGAUUGUGGAGCGGUCUGGCCCUCCCGCGAGUGCGAAGAUGGUGGACAGCUGGGGCUUCAACGCUGCUCUGGAAUGGACUCCUCCCAAGGAUAACGGCAACACAGAUAUCACCGGAUACACCAUCCAGAAGGCUGACAAAAAGACAGGGGAGUGGUUCACAGUGCUAGAGCACUACCACAGAUUAACUGCCACCGUCUCAGACCUCAUCAUGGGCAACUCGUACUCCUUCAGGGUGUUUGCUGAAAACCAAGUGGGCAUCAGUGAGAUGAGCGCCGUCACCAAGGAAGUGGCCACCAUCCAGAAGACAGGUAUUGUCUACAAGCCUCCUGAGUACCAGGAACGCGACUUUAGCGAAGCACCAAAGUUCACCACUCCCCUUAGUGACCGAGCCGCCACUGUGGGAUACACCACCAAGCUGCUGUGCUCUGUUCGUGGAUGUCCUAAGCCAAAGAUCGAGUGGCUGAAGAAUCAGAUGAUAAUUGGUGACGACCCAAAGUUUCGUCAGCUCUCCAACCAGGGCAUUUGCUCCCUCGAGAUCCGGAAGCCUUGCAGCUUCGAUGGAGGCGUGUAUACCUGCAGAGCCAAGAACGCCCAGGGAGAGGCCACCGUCUCCUGCAAACUGGAGGUCAAACAGGUUAUUCUUCCAGACGGUGACAAGGAAAAAGGCAAAUAAACCAAUAACUAAACCUAUAGAGUGCCUUUAAAGGACCAGCAGAAGUCCAGGUCUUAUGCUUUAAGAGUGUUUGAGGAGUUGAGAAAAAGUUGUGGUGGGCUGUGCAGCAUUGUGUACAUAAUGAAGAAAGAGACAAAACAACACACCGACAUCUCCACAUCUAUUUCUACUUACCCAUCCUGACUUUUUCACUACUUCUAGUGUGCAGGGAAGACACACACCAUCCAGUCUGUCUACGUUAGCAAAAUGUUGUAUGUUAUUUUAUUGGUGACAUGUUUGUAAGGUUAUAGUUGCCAUGCUUUGGGCCUGUGCCCAUUUGCUGUUUGUUACAGUAUAUAUGUACUACUCAAUAAAACUGAAUUCUUGGAGAUGGUAUUGCAAUGACUGUAUGGAUGUUCAAUAAAAAUUGUAUUUUAUUAUAUAUUAUGUGGAUUUCUGCACAAAUUUCAAGGCACAAUGACACACUACACAUGCUUUUAAGGACUGUCAGAUUUAUGGUACAAGUUUUCUAGCAUUAUCACGAUGAGGCAUAGUAGUAAAGAGAGGAGCCACCAUCAGCAAGAGUCCAGUGAUGACCACAGCAAACAUAGCGAACGCAGAAGGAGUCACAGCACUGAGUAAAUGUCACCUCGCAGCAAUAUUACUUCUUCUACUCCCGUGUUUUUCUUCCUGUUUUCUACCCAAGUUGUCUGGUCUGUCCCUUGUGCUGAAGAGAAGGAACGUUUGCACGUCGGACCUCUGGAGUUGUUGUCUUUUGGUCAAUAUAAUGUUGCUGAUAUUUCACUCCCUGUUAGACCGUUGUUAGUCUCCACUUGAAAUCUGAAAAGUGGCAAAAAAUGGCAUUUUAAUUUUCUAUGGUUCGUGUUUUUGCCCCUGGAAGAUAUGGGUUUGUACAUAAUGCUGGCUUUUUGAAAAGUAGCAUGUGUGAAGUUAUUGGUCAAUGAAGAUGUUAGAAACGUGAUGACCAUACAGAUAGGUUUGGAUUUAUCCGGUCAGGUUUCAAGAUCCAUAUCUAAACUGUCUGCUACCACCUUGAGUGGUACUGAGUGGAUUUUUUAGUUUUUUUUUUUUUUUUUUUUGUCAUAUUCCGAUCUUUGGUAAAUAAAAUCUGAAAGAAAAAAAAAAAAGGGAUUUUUGGAUGUUGUCAUAAGCCCAAAAAAAACCAACCUUAAAAACACUUUCUACACCAUUCUAGUGGGAUAAGCUACAACAUCAUCAAAAGCUGUCAAAAUGCCCCUUUUAACAAGUCUGUAAAAUUUGUUCAGGGUUUGAAAACAGUUUACUUUCUCUGUCCAGUUGUUUUAAAGCAAUUGCUGGACUUGAGCAUAUCUGGACUUACACUUCUGGUCAUCACAGGUUCUUAUCCUAUUUCUCUGUACUCUGUAGGCAUGAAUUGAAAGAAAACUUACACUUUAAUUGAAAGGAAAUAAAAAUUGGUUUCUAUUAA